AUGGCAGCGUCAUUAUUCAGUCCCCUACCGUUGAAGCGCGGCCCCGCCCUUAAACACCGCCUACUCCUCGCCCCCCUAACAAACUGGCAAAGCCACCCAGACGGUACAGCAUCAGAGCAUGAAGAACGCUGGCUCUCGCGCUGCGCGGCCGGUGGAUUUUCCAUGGUCAUGACAUGCGCCGCACACGUGCAGGGCUCCGGAAAACCCUUCCCCGGCCAAAUGGGGAUCUUCAGCGAUAAACACAUCCCUGGGCUGAGGAAACUCGCUGAUAGUAUUCGCGCGCGCGGGGCUGUAUCGUCCGUGCAGCUUCAUCAUGGUGGUGUUCGCGCGAGUCCUGAGCUUGGCGGUAUUUCCGAGGGUCCGUCCGAGGACGUACGGACUGGGGCGCGCGGUCUCACAGUUGCAGAGGUGGAACGGCUCCGGGAUGAUUUUAUCACUGCGGCGCUCCGCGCGCAGGAAGCGGGAUUCGACGGCGUCGAGGUCUAUGGGGCGUUUGGGUGGGCGUGUCGAUCGGAUUUCCAGAUUGGUUUGCGGAUCUCGAUGGAGAGGCAUGGGGUUUCCGUUGAGGAUGCGCGGUGGGUUGCUGCCCGGGUCUUAAAGGAGGAGGUUGUUGAUUAUUUGGACUUGGCUGUCUGGGAUUAUCGGAAGACUGUUACCGAGGGCGAGUUCAAAGGCCGGACACUACUGAGUGUGUUUACAGACCUACCGAGGGGGUCGGUGCGUCUCGGUGCGUCGGGGCAUGUUAUGAGUGUGAAACAGGCCGCUGAGAUGCUUGAUGCCGGCUGUGAUUUUGUUAUGCUGGGCAAGGCGGCCGUUUUGGACCCGAGCUUUCCGGAGAAUACAAGUAGGGAUAGAAAGUAUUCUACGCCUGUUUUGCCGGUGACAGCAGACUGGUUAAGACGGUCUGGGCUGAGUGAGCCGUUCAUCAACUACAUGAGGACGUGGUCUGGUUUUGUCGAUAGCGAGACUCCGUAA